GAGGAAAUGAAUAUUCUUCCAGCAUUAAAGGAGGGGAGGGCAAUCAUUCGAGUAGAUGAAGUGUUCUUUGAGGCCCACAGGCAACCUGCCCGCUCAAGGAGCGGCAAAGAUGGCGCGCUCAUCGGGGACCCUGGCGGCGGUUGUUUCUCCACGAUGUCGUUGAAACCCCGGGACGCUAUCCGGAUAACUAGACAACCAUGAACGAGGCGUACAUCCGCGACGCGGUCGUCCACAGGCUCAUUCCGCUUCCCGUGGACAUGGAAGAUGUGCAUGCGGAGCACAUGGAGAAGCCCCUGCAAGUGGACCAUUCGAAUCUCAGCAGCUUGAAGAAGACGCUGGACGCAUUCGCGCUCAAACACGGCUUCGUCGUGAAGCAAAUGUACCGCACGACGUCGAACGCGAAGUGGGCGUGUCGACCAAAGCUCAAAUCAGCGCAGCAAGAAGAUGAACGAGCAGAUACGACGUGUAUCUUUUCAGUGAACGCCAACGUGCGCAAGGCGGGCGGCGUCUACAUCACGAGCAUGAACUUGAAUCACAACCACGCAUUGCAGACGGACGACGACGUCGAGAGUGUCGACAUAUCGUCGAUCGAAGCACAAGCCGUCCAGGACUUGGAGACAUCACAUGGAGCGACUCUCGAUGAUUGCCGACGGGGGGACAAACGCCCUCACGAUACUGGCCUCUCGGGUGAAGCUGACGGCAGCGGGACGUCUUGGACACGCAACCUUUUGCGCCAUCGAGACGCAGCAAGUGGAUUCUGGGGAGAUUCACGGUGGUAUGAUCUCCAAAUUACGCGCCGCCUGCCUUUGGUCCCGCGCAUGUUGGACGAGAUUGUGUGGGCAAUGCCGCCCAUUGGACCCUCCCAUCGCGUGGCCGAUUUGUGCGCGGGAAGUGGGGCGUGCUCGGAGAAAGUGUUGGCUGCGUACCCAGACAUAGAGAUUGUGCUGUUCGAUGGGGCGAAGGAUCGCCUGGACCUCGCCGUCCAGCGCUUGCGCGCGACCGUGAGUUCGUCUUCCUCCCGUGCCAUCAGCUUCCACGUCGCAGACCUCAACAAGAUCUCCAUCUUGCGGAAAGCCCCCUUUGACGUGAUCGUCGCGUCCCUGGCCGUCCACGUUCUCGUGGAACGCCCGGCCCACGACUGCCACCCGUCGUCCUCGACGCCGCCGCGCCGGAAUGACAAAGAAGCCGAGCACAAACGUGUAUUCCAGCUGAUGUUCAACUCGCUCAGCCCCAAUGGUCACGUCCUUUUGGGCGACCACGUCGGGCAAGCUAGUUUGUUCUCCCACUUGAAAUGGAUGGAGGACGUAGGAUUUGUCGACGUCGAUUGUGCAUGGCGUCAAGAUGACUUUUUCGUGAUCGGGGGCCGCCGGCCGCCUCACCUUCGCGGUCAGCUCGUGCUUUGAUUGCUUGGCCCGUCUGCUACGUCCGCUGGUGGAAGCGUGUCCACUUGGACCAGUGUGUCGUCGCCGAUCGAGAUGGCGACGCUGUCGGUGGGGUGGCAACAACACCGAUAGGCGCUGUACACACAACACAGUGUUGUGGAGAAGAUGCAGAGCACGGCAAGAACGAUGGCGGCAAACGUAAUGGCCAACAGCGCGUCGGCCGUCACCGUGAACGGAUUCCAUGGCUUUGUGGACGGGGACAGGCACGUGCACGUAAACACCCCGACGUGGCAAGUCAAAUCGACCGGACAGCAGCAUGCCGAUUGAUUUUGCGGCUGCGGUAGAGCGAGAUGGGGGCGAGUAAAGAAACCACAGAAUGCACCUGGACGUUGG